GUAGACCUAGUCAAAUAGCUUUCGAAGUUUAAUAGAUACUAGGUACAUAAUUAUGUGCAUACGUUGAUGUAUGUACAUGAGUACCAGGUAGAUACUUCUUCGACAUCUGAGUCCCUACUAGGUACCUACCUUCCAUGUCAGCAACGUUGAAUUCUAAGAUACCUUACCUAGGUAGUACACACAUGCAUUGUACUCAUUUAAUCGAACGGAACCUGCAACAUUAUUAUAGUUGAUAUGUCUACCUAUCUGUCCUCGAUCUCUAGUCGGAGCCUUGCGCCGCGGUCGACCGCUCCUACUGUCAUAUGCGCCCUAUGUCGCCGAUCACUCUCUUCAAGCUUGUUACUCCGUAGCGGCCAUAAUCGAUGGUCCAAGAUCCGACAUAAAAAAGGUGCCGCCGACGCAAAGAAAAAUACCCAGAAUAGCAACUUUUCCAAGAACUUGACGCUCUAUUCGAAACUAUUUGGUUCUGACCCGCGUCUGAAUUCACGGCUGGCUACGGUGAUUGCAGUUGCAAAGAAAGCCGGAAUGCCCAAAGCAAACAUCGAUAUAGCAAUCGCACGAGGCCAGGGCAAAUCUUCGUCCGGCGCGGGCCUGGAGAGCCUUACCGUCGAAAUCAUGAUGCCAUCUUCCGUAGCAAUGGUUGUCGAGGUGGAGACCGAAAAUAAGCUACGCGCCUUACAAGAUCUUAGAGGCAUAAUAAGGAAAUGUGGAGGUACCAUAACGCCGAUCGCAUACUUAUUCACGAGGUUGGGACGCAUUGUCCUCAAAGGCAAAAGCGACGACGACUUCGAUGGUAUCAUGAUGCAAGCGCUAGAGGCAGGCGCAGAAGAUGUUGAGCAGGACGAGAAUGGCGAUGUCGUACUCUGGACACAACCUAAUACGACUCACCAAGUGGCGCAAGCUAUGAGCGAAGCAAUCUCCGCAGAGAUCUUGGACUCGGAUAUUAUAUGGUCGCCAGUGGCAGACAAGGUCAAACUUGAUCGAUCGACGGCUGCUGCGUCCAUCAAUUCUCUUCUGGCGGCGCUACGAAACGAGUCUGACGUGCAGGCUAUCUAUGCGAACGUUGAACGGGGGACCGUGUCUGAAGAGCUCUGGGAAACAAUAGAAGAUAACCUUGACAUGUAAUCUAUCUAUUAUCAUUUGCUCUAUAAUAUCGAUCUCGUUACUAUAAACUACAGCAUAUAUGAGUGAUCAUACCAUGUGUCUUGUGAGACAGUCCUAUGUUAUCCACCUUUUUUUUUCUUUUUCUUUUUCUUUUUCUUUUUUCCUUUCUAUUUGGGGAGCAGAGAGUAC